AUGAAUACUCAUUUGAAGGCAGUUAAACUAACUGUGAAAGGGAGAGAAACUAUUGCAAUUGAGCAUUUGACUAUUAGAGAAAACAACAUUAGGUACUUCCUACUGCCAGAGAGUCUUUUAUUAGAGACUCUUCUUGUUGAUGAUGCCCCUAAAUAAAGAUCUAAAAGCAUUGGUUAAGGAGCUAAAAAGGAUAAAAGUAGAGGUAAGCCAGUUGCCUAAGGCUAAAGUAACAAUAGAAAGCCCAAGAGACCCUGUCCUAACCCAACUAGACAGCACUCAGUAAAAUUGGGAAUCGAAGUAUUUUAUUAGUGA